AAUUAAUGCAUUAAACUAACCACAGUUUCCGUCAUUCCAUUUUCCUUAAGAGAAAGUUGAUGCCUUUAAGGCUUUAAGUAUCAAAUUCAAUUACUGGUAGGUUUUUUUAAAGAUUGGUUUUAGGAUAUUUCAGGUUUUCAUGGUGAAGGCUGUAUUGGGCAGCUUUGAUUUUUAGUGAUAUUCAGCUUUUUAAACAUAAAGUUAUUUUCUUUUUCUCUUUCUUUUUCUGGGUUUUGAAGGAAAAAAUGUGGGGUAGGUGUUGGUGUUCUGGUGGUGCAGUUUUUGGAUCUUUGAGGAAAAGGGUAUCUUCAAUUGUUAAUAUAAGUGAUGGGUAUGUAAAAAAGCUUGGUCCUUUUGAUCCUUAUUUGUUGGGUUUGAAGGGUGUGGUUCUGGGUGCUGUGGAAAGACGAGGGGCAUCUUUAUCGAUUGUUGUUCUGAACCAGAUCAAGGAUAGAGGUAUAUCUUCUUCAAAAUUGGUUAAAUCUUCUGACCAGAGGUUCUUUUCCAACAGCAGCAGCAAAAAUUCUUGUGGUGAUGGUGAUGAUAACGGUGGUGUUACUGUUAGCAAUGGUGGAACACAAGAAUUCAUAUCAUACUCUGAAGCAAAGAAGCUAUUGAGAUUGGUGAAUGUGGAGACACUGAAGAUGAGACUUGGAAUGGAAGGGAAGGAAGUUAUUCCUUACACUGAACUUCUCGAAGCGUGUGAGAGCACUGGUAUUGCUAGGAGUAAAGAGGAAGCUAUAGCAUUCUCCAAGGUUCUUGAUGAAGCUGGUGUUAUUCUCCUUUUCAGAGAUAAGGUGUAUCUCCACCCUGAUAAGGUGGUGGAUCUGGUUCGAAGGGCUGUUCCGCUAGCACUGACUGCAGACGACGAUCCUGUGAGGGAGGAGAUAAAGAAGCUGCAGGAGAAAAAAGAGGAAAUCGAUAUUUUGGCCCACAAGCAGGUCCGGCGCAUCCUUUGGUCCGGACUAGGAUUUGGUGUAGUUACUGUUGGCUUAUUCUUUCGGCUAACAUUCUGGGAAUUUUCCUGGGACGUAAUGGAACCUAUUGCCUUCUUUACAACGACAACAGGUUUAGUCAUAGGUUAUGCCUACUUUCUAUUCACUUCAAGAGACCCAACUUACCAAGACUUAAUGAAGAGGCUCUUCCUCUCAAGACAGAGGAAGCUUUUCAAGCGGUAUAACUUCGACAUUGAGAGAUUCAAGGAGCUCCAGUGCAAGUGCAGAACACCAUUAGAUGCUAACACUGUUUUGAAGAAUCGCAUAGGGGUGCAUCUUGAUCUCGACGAUGCUAUACAUAGAGAUUGAUAUUGGAACACAUUUUGUUUUGGGGAAUAUAUAGUUUCAGUUAACUUUGUUUCCCUCUUGUUUUAACGUUGUUGGGAACAAGUUUAAUAUCUAACUAUUGUAAUGAACUAAUGGCUCCUCGGCUAUAUACUUUAUACACACAUUUUCCUUCAAUUUCUUAACCUUGAAUGGGAAAAGAUUGCUUUGUUUUUUAGUCC